UUCCCUCUCUUGAAGAAAGUAUCCAUUUCUCUCUCUCUCUCUCUCUCUCUCUCUCUAAAAACCAAACAGUAAGAGAGAGUAGAACAAGCACCGAAGCAACGUUGCUUUCUCUAAUACUUGAAAUGGCUCAGAAGCAAUUCUUUAUGUAGAAAAAGUUUGUAGAGAGAGAGAGAAUAGAUUGACCGCCAUUGAAGCACAGUAUAGAAGAUUACUCCGCAAUUGUCAUUUUCGUAUUCGUUGUGUUUUCGAAGCUUAUUGAAGCCGAGAUAGUCUCAAACUUUGCUGAAAAACAGUGUUCGAAUUGAAUUCGACGUGCUCGAUUGAGGCGUAUAUUGGUUUUCUGGUUCGAUUCGAAGCCAAUUUCAGCCGAUUGAUGGAACGAAUUGCGAGUACUGAGCUUAGAUCCGCGACUUGCGCUGUGAAAUCUGAAGAAAUUGGAGUUGAAACCCUUCAAUUCGGUGAUGAAAUCGAGAUAUUAAUGCCGCCGGAAUCUGGAAGUUCCUUUACUGCUCUUCUCGAGCUUCCGGCGAACCAAGCCAUGGAACUCCUACACUCUCCGGCGAUGCUUCCCGGCGAAAUUUGGUGUAAUCAUCACCAAAUCGAACCCUACACUGCUCUACUUGAACGAGCUUCUAGGAAUUCCGUCUUCGCUACCGAGAGUUCGCCGGAGACGAACUCAAUUCCGUCCAAUUCAAGUGGGAAUUCGCACAAAGCGAAACAGGAACCGGUCGAUUCGGAUUCAAACCCUAACUCAUCUGAUCCAAUGGCUCAAAACAACAAUCCAAAAUCAACAAAGCGAAAGGAGCGAGAGAAGAAGGGUAAAGGGUCGAUGAAAAAGAGCAAAAGCGUCGCAAAUGAGGCCUCCGAUGACGGCGAUAAGCUUCCCUACGUUCACGUCCGAGCUCGGCGCGGCCAAGCUACAGAUAGCCAUAGCUUAGCUGAGAGAGCUAGGAGAGAGAAGAUUAAUGCUCGGAUGAAGCUACUUCAAGAACUGGUCCCCGGAUGCAAUAAGAUUUCAGGUACAGCUAUGGUGCUGGAUGAAAUUAUUAGCCAUGUACAGUCCCUACAACGUCAAGUGGAGUUCUUAUCAAUGAGACUUGCGGCUGUUAACCCAAGAAUUGAUUUCAACCUUGACAAUUUAUUGGCUGCAGAAAAUGAAUCUCCAAUGGAUGGUAAUUUCCCGGGCACGGUUAUGCCACUGAUGUGGUCAGAAGGACAAGUCAACGGGAACAUACAACAGUAUCAACAGUUGUGGCAUUUUGAUGGACUUCAUCAGCCAGUUUGGGGAAGAGAAGACAACGCUACCUUCAUUACUCCAGAGAACUCACUAUUGAGUUAUGACUUGUCAACAAAUUCAGCAUGUCUGCCCCCAAAUCAGCUCAAAAUGGAGCUAUGAAGAUGGACCAAAGCUGCAAUUGUAGCUACUAGUGUAUAUAUGGAACAUAGUAUUACUGUAUUAGCAAUUAGCAGAGAAGUAACGAGGAGGCCUCGACGUUCUACUUGUGUUUCCAUGCCAUGCCUUCCCGUUUACUUGAAAAUACAUAUUUAUAUCAAUGCUGGAGAAGAGAAGAUCCGAGUAUGUUUUGCCAUAUAUUUUGUUAAUACUAACUUAAGCGGGUCAUUCAAUCUGAUAUACAGGUAUGAAAAAGAUUGAUUGAUUCAUACUGUAAAGACAUAGACAAGCUAUGCCUUUGCCGACAUUAUUCGAAGUUAAGCCUUUUUGUUUGAUGUUCCCUUGCUUUUUGGACAUUGGGUUGGCUUUAUGAAUAUAUAUAUAUAUGAACGGAGUGCUUCCCUCCUUUUCUCUUUC